GUAGAUUAAUCUUAAAUUACUCGUAUACUACUGUAUGUAUACGUAUGUAGCCAGACCCCUAUAAAUUAAACACUUGUAAAACAGCCUCUUGAUCAGUGUCCAAGAAAAACCAUUCUAUCCAAAACAAUCAUGUCCAACCCUAGCCCGAUAAAAGUGGUCGAUGGGACAACCAAAAAUCCACAUGCCAUAUUCAUACCAAUCCCUCUCCAAGGUCACUUGAUUCCUUCAGUUGCCCUCACCAUGAAACUAGCAUCAAAUGGAUUCACCAUCACUUUCAUCAACACUCAAGUAAUUCACCAUAGCAUCAUGAAAUCGUCAUCUACACCUAAUGAUGACAUUUUUGAGAAAGCACGAGAGUCCGGUCUAGAUAUAAGGUACACCACUGUGAGUGAUGGUCUUCCAAUAAGCUUUGAUAGAUCAUUGAAUCAAGAACAAUUCGAGGAAUGUGUUUUCCAUGUGUUCUCAGCCCAUGUGGAUGAGCUUGUAGGGAAUUUGGUGAAAGGUGACCCAUCUAUUAGCUGUUUGAUCGCGGAUAGUUGUCAUGUGUGGCCAUCGAUGAUCUCAAAGAAGUAUAAGUUGGUUAAUAUAUCAUUUUGGACUGAAUCUGCUUUGGUCUUAAAUUUGUAUUAUCACUGGGAUUUGCUCAAGAAAAAUGGACAUUAUACUACUUGUGACGAUGUAAUAGAUUACAUACCAGGCAUCAAAUCAAUCAAACCAAAAGACUUGACGUCAUAUCUCCAAGCCACCAAUACAAACACUGUAUCAAAUCGCAUCAUGUACAAGGCAUUGUUCGAGGAUGCAAAGCAUGCUGAUAUUGUCAUAUGUAACACAAUACAAGAGCUUGAACCUCGUACACUUUUAAUGCUCAACAAAACACAACCAUUCUAUGCAAUUGGUCCUCUUUUCCAUAAUAAGUUUACUCAAAGUCUUGUAUCCACAAACUUAUGGUCCGAGUUAGAAUGUAGUCACUGGCUUGAUAAAAAAGCUCCCAAAUCAGUCUUGUAUGUCUCAUUUGGUAGCUAUGCUCACAUUAACAAACAUGAUCUUGGAGAGAUAGCUUACGGGCUCUUACAAAGCGGGGUCAGUUUUGUUUGGGCACUUCGCCCUGGUAUGGUAAGUUCUAAUGAACCGGACGCUUUGCCUCUCGGAUUUGAAGACCAAACUAAAGAUCAAGGCUUGAUUGUGCCAUGGUGUAAUCAAAAGGCUGUUAUUUCACACGCGUCCAUAGGGGGGUUUCUUACACAUUGUGGAUGGAACUCGAUUUUGGAAAGUAUAUGGUGUGAGUUACCCUUGAUUUGUUUUCCCCUCUAUACCGAUCAAUUCACUAAUAGGAAAUUAGUGGUUGAUGAUUGGAAAACUGGGGUUAAUCUAUGUGAGCGAAAUUUGGUUGAAAGAGCGGAAGUUGCCAAGAACAUAAAGUAUUUGAUGAUGGGAGAGACCUCCAAUGAACUAAGGCUUAACACCAAGAAACUUAAAAGGACACUAGAAGAUGCAUUGGCCGUUGGUGGAUCAUCUCAAAGGAAUUUUGACAAAUUCCUUGGUGAGGUUAACGUAAAAAUUGACCAAAUGAAAGGAGCCAUUUGAUGCAUGGUUGGGAAAGUCCUCAAUGUUACAACUAUAUGUAUAAAAUCUGAAAAUGUAUGAAAGGCUGUUGUUAUUAUAUCUCUAUGAAAUCAAAUAAAUG